AUGAGAAGCUCAACUCAGCACUCAGUCAAGUCCCUUCCUGGCAAGAUGAAGUCCACCGUCUUCUUCAUCCUUUCUCUGCUCCUCAUUUUGGAGAACCGAGCAGCUGAGGGGAGACUGCGUGGUUCUGCUGGAGCACAAGACCCUCUGAUUAGUCGUGUUUGGGCCAAAUCACAGGAUAUGGAAGAAUCAGUUUCAGGUCCAGGUCUAACUGCUGAGGGAGGUCACAUUUCAGACAAAGGAGAAGCAUCCAUGGGAGAACAUAUUUCACUUAGACACGAAGAAUUUGAGAAAGGACACAUUCGGCACAAUGUAGAAGAACCUGAGGGAGAACGUGUUUCAGUUAGACACGAACAUCUGGAGAAAAGUCACGUUCGGCACAAUGUAGAAGAGCCCGAGGGAGAACGCGUUUCAGUCAGACACGAACAUCUGGAGAAAAGUCACGUUCGGCACAAUGUAGAAGAGCCCGAAGGAGAACGCGUUUCAGUCAGACACGAACAUAUUGAGAAAACUCACAAGAGGUUCCGCGAUGAUUCCGUGGAAGAGUCAGGCUCAGCUGAAACCUUUGAUCGUCGCAUGAAAGGACAUAUUCGUUUCAAACGACAAGAUCCCAUGGCAGCACUAGUUUCCAUUGACAGUCAGGCUUCUAUGAAAGACUGGGUCAAAGGACAGGGUGUCUCAGAAGAACGAUUUUCAGUUAAGGGUCAAGAUUUGGUGAAAGCUCACCUGCAGAUGAAAGGACAGAGUUCCAUGGCAGAACGAUUCUCAGUCACAGGUCAAGACUCAGUGAAAGGUCGCCUGCAGGUUAAAGGACAAGAUACCCUGGCAGAACGAUUUUCAAUUACAGGUCAAGAGUCUAUGAAAGGUCGCUUGCAGGUCCAGGGACAAGAUUCCCUGACAGAACGAUUCUCAGUUUCAGGUCAAGAUUCUGUGAAAGGUCGUCUGCAGAUGAAAGGACAAAGUUCUAUGGCAGAACGAUUCUCAGUCACAGGUCAAGAUUCUGUAAAAGGUCGCCUGCAGAUUAAGGGACAAGAUUCCCUGACAGAACGAUUCUCAGUCACAGGUCAAGAUUCUGUGAAAGGUCGCCUGCAGAUUAAGGGACAAGAUUCCCUGACAGAACGAUUCUCAGUCUCAGGUCAAGAUUCUGUGAAGGGCCUUGGUCGGAUCAAAGGACAAGAUACCAUUCAAUCAGGAUUCUCAAUUAAAGGCCAAGCAUCUGUGAAAGGUCUCAUUGGGGAUAUUUGAACCCCGAAUGAGGUGGAUCUUGUCCUGACUGCACCCAUCCCGGGCCCAGGCCUUCAGGCUCCCCUCUGGUUCACCUACCGGUAUCACUACCCACUGGCACUCUGCCCCUCUUUCCACCCAUUCUGGAUGCCCAAGCCUGGGGCUGCCUUUUGUCUUCCACUUUUCAA